CACAACACAGUCAGUGAGAGUUACUGUGGGUGUUGAAGGCUGUACAAUGCUUUGAAGUUCACACAGUCAACGUCUCAGUCCAUUGGCAGGUAGUCAGUUCAGCCACUUCCUCUGAUCACCCAGUGAAGCAACCAGCAACAACCAGAGGAGAGAAAGAAAGACAGAAAGAAAGAAAAGCUUGUUUCAGACAGGCAGAGAGACGAGGAGCGAGAGUCAUGAAUUCACUGAGGACAGGUGUGUUGGUGCUGUUUGUGCUCGUGGUGCCUGUUUCCUCUAAAGAGAUAUUUUUCACUCACCCGGUCAUCUGCUACUUUCUGGAUGCAAUCCUGGUUGUUUACUGCAUCGUGGCCACGGCGCUUUUCUUCAAAGAAAAGUUUUCUCACGUCCCGUCUGCUGCAGCACCUGCAGAUGACGGAGGCAUUUACCAGGAGCUCGACAGGAUGAAGGAUGAUGAUCCUUACCAGGUGCUCCAGCCAGUAAAAGCAAAAAAAAAAGGCAAGAAGAAGAAGAAAAAAUCUGAGGCGACUGCAGCCGAGGAGGAAGAUAGAGAUCCCUAUGAGACUUUGAUGCCCAACGGCUCAGCUGCACCUCCUGUGUCUCCACAAUGAACUCAGGGGCAGGCCCGUCCGCAGAAAUGACCGGGCCCCUGAACAGGUCCAGCGAAAGGGCCCUCACCAGAUCUACUUAUAUCAAUGCAUGCGUGUGUGCUCUUUCUCCUAGUAAACACAUACUGUGACGCCAGCUACCUCUUGGCUAGCUGUAACAUUAGCUCUCUGGCUAUCAUUCACCUCUUCGCCUCUUCGUUAGCUGUAACGUUAGCUCUCUGGCUAUCAUUCACAUUCAACCUGGCUGGGUUUUCAGAGCUGACUGAAAACAGUUUGUCACAACAUUAUUAUUUGGGUUUAAAGGCCUUUCCAGCUCUCUUUUUCUCUGCCAUAGCGAGGAAAUUCACUCCAACAUAAGCUAAUAGUUAGUUUAGAUCAGUGGUUCCCAACUGGGUCAAGAUUUCUCCUUCAUCAUUAAUUCAAAGUCCACAGAUUUUAAUGUCUUCAGGGCACAGACUGUAUAAAGAUGGCCGACAUGUUUGGUCUCCACUUACCCCCACUGUGCAGAAGUGACGCUAAAAUAUCCCGGAUAAGACCGCUGCCAUCUUGCUCUGGUGACGUCAUCAGUAGUAGUAGUAAUGGGCCGUUCCAUAUAGAUCUUACUGCUAGUAAGACGGUAGGAAAGACAGGAAGCUGCACAAAAUUACACAGUGACACGUUGGUCAAGACACGCCUCUUGGAGGCGGUUCUACCAGUAGCAGUCUUGUAUGAACUCGGAGGAUUACGAGUUUCAAAAGACGAAAGCGAAGUUGGCUGCGCCCUAUUUACCAUAAGUCUUCAUUUUCAUUACUCGUACACAUUAUAUAUGGGAAUAUAUUAUGGUAAUGCUUUAUGAUGUGUUGUUGUGCGUGGAAUGUCGUGUGUGUGUUGUUUACCUGUCGGUGUUGGUGAAAGUAGCUAGCAGUGUUGCUAAUGAUAAAGGCUCCACUACUGCAAUAGCGAUGACUGCUUUCUUGGAGGCAUCCAUCUUUGUUUACGUUUAGGUGGUAAAUGGUACAAACGCAAUCGGGAAUGCAUACCGCCAAUUUAAACAGGAAGUUACGACAUUUUACAACAUCAUCUUGAGUCUCAUCCCUAGUAGCAACGUAAAUGGAUCACAGCAUUACCCCCACUGUGCAGAAGUGAACUAAAAUAUCCUGGAUACGACUGCUGCCAUCUUGCUCUGGUGACGUCAUUCGGAGCCACAGUACAGUAGCGUUUCCGCGAUAUCAAGUUUCCCGCCCAUACACCCGUUCGACCAAUCGCAAGCAGUGACACUGAAUGUGCGCCCACUGAUUGGUUCACACAGUUGUCAAUCGUAUUGUAGAAAUCCGUGUUUGUAGCAUUGAAUAAAUAAUUAUAACCAAACCUAUCAGAAAAACUUAUAGGGGCUUAUAGGUUUAUGUUUUACACUUUGGGGAGCUGUCAUGUCGUCCAUCUUUAUGUGUAGUCUAUGAUUAAAACUCAUACUUGCAUUUAGCCAUGUUGUUGAGCUAGUUUUCUGUCUCUGUUAAGCAGCUGUCCAUUAGUCACUCACUCUACAGCAGGAAAUGGCACUUCAGAAUAAAAGCUCUGUGCCGGAAAUUGACUGUACUUCAAAAUAAAGUGUGUUUUUUAACAAAUUUGACAUAUUUGUGAGUCAUUUGUGGACCCAUCAUUUGGAAACUACUGCCUUAGACCAUUAGUUUAAAUUUCUCGGGUCAUGCGGCCAGCUGCUCUCUUUUUUUCUUUCUGUUGUUGUUGUUGUUGUUGUUGUUUUUUACCAGUUGCCCCAAAUGUCUUUAAAAAAAAGAGUAUUUUCAGGUGAGGGGGUUCUCAUUAUGAAACAGGCCACAUUUUACUGAAGUAAUAAUAUAUACAAUGUUUAUUUAGGGAAAACAGGGUUGCAUUCACUAGAUUUUACUCCCUAGAGGGCGCUGUUAACAAAUGUUGGUACUGAAAUUUUCAGUAUUGGGUUCAGAGGUUUAGUCAGUGGCAAAAGUCCCAGCUGGGGAAACUUUUCACAUGCUUUUCAGGAGUUGGUUGUCACAUGUAUUUUUCUUUUUGAAAAAUGUACUUAAAGGAAUGAUUUUUCCUGUUUUUGUUUUCUCAAUGUGUUAAGUUGUUGUAUUUCAAUAAAAAAAAUCUCAAUGAAAUUAAACAA